AUGGAUGCCGUGAGUGCCAAAGACCUCACGCAGCCUCCCGUAAAGGUGCUCUUCCUUGCGGAGGAGGCGCAAGACGACAAGACUCAACAAGUGGCCUCCAUGUUCUGCGCAGCAGAGAGUGGUGAUGCAGACGAAAUAGAAUGGCAACUGAAGUUCGGCAUGAGUCCAAACGUCCGGGAUGGCUAUGGCAGAACGCCUCUGCACCUAGCCGCUCUCAUGGGCCACUAUGAAGCCGUGGAGAAGCUCCUCGGACAUACAAAGUGCAACGUGAACUCGCUCGAUGCCCAUGGUCGCACGCCCUUAAACUUGGCAAUGUUGGAGCCGAAGUUCGUGCUGAAAGAGUCCAUGCGCGAAGCGAAGCUGAAAGUCGUAGCGCUACUGCGGAAGAGGGGAGGAAGACAAGCGGCCUUGUAUCAGAAAGAGUACCCGUCUGGGCCGGCCUGA